AUGCCUUUGCACGGAUAUAGGGGAAGAAAGCAAAAAAGCUACACCAAUGAGGCUGGGAUGCCCAUUGACCAAAAGACCAGACAGAUAGUGUUUUACGAAUGUGAUGUGGAAACCGUGAAACGAGUACAUUUAAAAACCGGUGAGAACUUUUCCCGGGAAGGAGCGAAUCAAGUUUUCGAACGAGGAUUUCGUAAACGCCAGGCUCGCACUGUUCUCUACUGCCUCACAGAUCGAAUGCGAUUUAAGAAACAGCACACAAUCGGGCACACUCCGUUUCGGAAGCAGUUGACCUAUCGGGAAAUAAAACAUUUCUUCGUAUUUCCUUCCAACCCGAAUGUGUUUAUGUUGUGUGUGGUGGAUGAAGUGACCGGGAAAAAGUUGUAUGAAAUGUAUCGUUGUCGUCCGGAAGAUGUGAACACUAUCUGUGAUUUGACAUUUAAAGCGUCCACCGAUCCGCAAAACAUACUUCGAGAUAUCACACCCCUGCGUCAAUUAUCUCUUUCAUCCGGAAAUUUUGGAACCGAACCGUCAGGUAUGGACUACGAAAAUUCACGGCAAUCUAGCAUGGAACAAAUGACAAAUAAUCGUGAUGUGGUGAACUCUGCCCCGGAUUAUAACAUCCGUAUCCCGGGAGGUGAUCUGAUUGAUCGUGAAUUACAAAAUGGUCAUGGUUCGGACAGUCCAAUCCCAUUCGACAAUGAUGGCUCCAACAUUCGGCAACGCUCACCUUCACCACCGCGUUUAAAAAACACAAACUCAAUCUAUCCUACUGAUAUGGAAUCAAAAAUCAAAGGUGUAUACAGUUGCUAUGAAUUAGUGGAACCAAAAUCGACACGUCACAAUACGAUAGACCGAGUGGAUUCAGAUGUUGACUCUUUUGAUUAUACAACUCGUUUGAAGUAUCCGCCUGUCAUGAAUGGCAUGUCCUCAAGUGGACGAUCAUUGACACGAACAGAAGUAAACUUAUCCAACCCUCGUGGCUACGAUCCGUACGAACUCAGUCCUAAUAAGUAUCUUACUGUACAAGCUCUACCCAAUCGCUACUCCCCGGUCAAUCAGGACAAAAACGAUACUCGCAUUAUAAUCGAACGAGAUCCGAGCAUGAAUCCGUCAGUUCGAAAAGCCCGGUCAGCCACCAACUUGAAUUGGGGAGAUGAGGUAACCUAUAUCAGUUAUAAUCCGGUACAAGGGACGAAUGUCUCCGAUAGCGGUCCAAUGUACAUGUAUAUAACUCGAUACGAAAGCUCUCGAGAUUUGACAUCGCUCGGACCAAACUACUCGAUAAAUACACGCUCCUCACGAUCGUACACAGGUAAUCAACAACAGUACACGAACUGGUAUUGUGAAUAA